AAUUAAACGAUACGCUUCUCUCUCUCUCUCUCUCUCUGUAAAACCCUGCAAAUCUUUCAAAAUCUCUGAAUUGGAGACAACCACUAAACCCUGAUUCCUUCAAGAAGAUUCGCCAUUGAGGAGGGCAAUUGAGGUUUGGGGUCUUCUCUAUCCAUAAUCGCUCUGGAAAUGCCGCCGAAUCGCAAUCGCCAGUCAUCCCUCUCAGCAUCAUCGACGCUGAGGAGGCCUUCUGCUUCAGAGAAUGCCGGCAAGAAGGUUACGGCGACGAUACCGCCGCUGGCGAAGAAACGACCCGCUCUGAGUAAUCUAACGAACCAAAAGAAUGGCCCCAAGAUUGCAGUGCGGACAUCUGGUGUUGCAUCCGCCGCCAUAGUGCCAUGUGCUGCAAAAAUUGUCAAAUUGAAGAAAGGGUCAUCUACUUGCAUUAACGAUAAAAGCCUCUCAGAGAAGACUCUUCUUCCAUCUUUGAAUGUGAAGCCAACCCGUGGUGCUUCUUGCAAGGAUACUUCUUUCCUGAAGACUGAUCAAGCUGCAGCUGCUGUAUUAGCCCUCCCUGCUCAAAACGUGGAUACUGCCCAUGAUGUUUGCAGCAAAUUGGAUACUUCUCCAAUUCAAUCCGAUGGUUCAAUUUCUUUGGAUGAGACUAUGUCUACUUGCGAGUCUUUGAGAAGUCCAGAAUUUGAGUAUAUAGAUAAUGAUGAUGCUUCAGCAGUUAAUUCUAUUGAGAGGAAGGCAUCAAAUAGUCUCUACAUAUCUGAGCAAGCAGAAGUAGCAGGGGGUAGCAAGAGAGAUAUACUUCAGGGGAUGGAAACACUUGACAAAAUUGUUAAAAUUGACAAUAAUUUUGUAGACCCCCAGGAGUGUGCAACCAUUGCCAGUGACAUCUACAAGCACCUGCGUGCCUCUGAGAUACGGAAAAGGCCCUCAUCUGACUUCAUGGAGAGAGUUCAAAUUGACAUUAAUGCUAGCAUGCGUGCUAUAUUGAUUGAUUGGCUUGUAGAGGUAGCUGAAGAGUACAGGCUUCUACCUGACACAUUAUAUUUGACUGUAAACUACAUAGAUCGUUACCUUUCUGGCAACGCAAUGAACCGGAAACAGCUUCAAUUGCUUGGCGUUGCCUGCAUGUUGAUUGCUUCAAAAUAUGAGGAGAUUUGUGCACCCCAGGUUGAAGAAUUCUGUUACAUUACGGAUAAUACAUAUGUGAAGGAGGAGGUUUUGCAAAUGGAAUCUGCAGUGUUGAAUUAUUUGAAGUUUGAAAUGACAACUCCAACAGUCAGAUGCUUUUUGAGGCGAUUUGUUCGAGCUGCUCAAGGCAUUAAUGAGGUUCCAUCACUGCAGUUGGAAUGUUUGGCCAAUUAUAUUGCAGAGUUAUCACUCCUAGAGUAUAGCAUGCUUUGUUAUGCCCCAUCUCUAAUUGCUGCUUCUGCCACUUUCUUGGCCAAAUUUAUACUCCUCCCAUCUAAGAAGCCUUGGAAUUCUUCCUUGGUGCAUUACACACUCUACCAGCCCUCAGAUUUGUGCGACUGCGUUAACGCACUACAUCGCCUAUACUGUAACAACCAUGGUUCUAGUUUACCUGCAAUUAGAGAGAAAUACAGUCAGCAUAAGGUAAGACAUCUCUCUCUUGUAAUUAUUUUGAUUUUGCUUAAAUCUGUACCACUUGAUAAAUCAGAGCCUACUGAUGCUUUUCUUUUUGCAUCAGUACAAAACCGUGGCAAAGAAGUACUGCCCUCAAUCAAUACCUCUGCAGUUUUUCCAUGAUCAGUGUAAUUAGAUGCUUGCACAAGUGUUCACAGCAUAUAUGCUGUGUUUGUAUUGAGCCAACUGAUGCAGUACCUUCUUACAAAAUCUUAGGCGUGGAAUUUUGCCUUAAACAGUUUUUGUGCUUACUGUUGGGGUUAGAGCAGGCUUUUCACAUGUACAAUUGGUUGUCUAGGAUUUUUUUUUGAGUUUUUUAAUGUACAGAAUACUUUCAUUUAAUGCAUGGUGUUUCUUUUC